AUGGCGACCUUCCCCAUCUCCAGGUACUCUCUCUCCAUAGCAUUUCUCGUUUUCUCUUUCGUAACCCAAGCUGCAAGUCUGGAGCUUUCUUUUUCACUCAAGAAAUUCGACAAACACCAAAACUUUAGUUCCGAGAUUGCUCUGCUCGGCGAUGCUCAGAUCGUUGAUGGCGAUUCUUCGGUUAUGAUCACUCGUCCUUCAGUUUCAAGCGCUGGGAGGCUCAUCUACAAGAAACCGAUUAGAUUCAUCGGAGGAGAUCGAAGAAAGCCAUCAAUGUCUUUCUCCACAAACUUCUCGUUCUCGAUUUCUCCGGAAAAUGGUGAUGGACUUGCUUUCGUCGUUCUUCCGACUGGUUUUCCUUCAAAUUCGUUCGACGGAAGCUCCUUUGGGCUUACUCCAGGGCUGAAGAAAAGAGGAACAAGGGUUCUGGCGAUUGAAUUCGACACCUUCAUGGACACCAAGGUUGGAGAUCCAAAUGGGAACCAUAUUGGAAUCGACGUUGGUACUCUCGUGUCUACAAAAGUAAAAAAUGUUUCUUCCAUCAAUCUAGUUCUGAAAAGUGGAAAGAAAUUGUAUUCAUGGAUCGAUUACGAUGCCGAAACCAAAAACUUGGAAGUUAGAUUGAGUGAUUCAGGUGAUGUUAAGCCAUCUGCUCCACUCCUCUGCUAUGGAAUCGAUCUUUCAGGGAUGUGGAAAGAGGAAGAUGUGUUUGUGGGUAUGAGCUCUUCCAGUGGGAAUUCUUCUCAGACCACCAUUGUUUAUUCUUGGAGCUUUAAUUUAAGAAGUACCAUACCGAGUUGGCUACAUUCACAACCAGUGGAUCCUCGAGUCAUUGCUAAACCCGGUAAGCUUCCAUUAAUCCACAAAAGAAGUAGUUGCGUGUUAAGGAUUCUUGCUGGAUUACUCUUCGGAACUGGUUGUGGAGCAUUGACUGCGUUUAUAGUUAUGUUUGUUUGGACAAUCUACGCGAACAAGCGCUCCCCAUCAGUAGUUCCAGUAGAGUUUCCUGUGGAACCUGUGGAAUUUGCUUAUGAAAAGAUUAAAGUGGCUGUAGUAGAACCCACCAAAGAUGGGAAUAAAUAA